ACUUGAAGAAUGUUGACAACUGAGCGGGAAAAGCAUGGUUGUAUGUUAAAGCGAGAAAGAGGACAGAAAAUGCUCUAAAUAUGAUAAUAGUCAUGGACAUUGUGCCUUAAAAACGGCUCAAAGACAUGCAAUUUCAUAGAAUAGCUAUUGGGAUUGUUACCGGUGCAAGUAUUAUCCAUUGUGUAGGGGAAUACGUCGCGGAUUUGACUUGGCUUACUGGACCUUCUAUGUUGCCAACUUUAAACAGUCAAUCAUCAGGCGAUGUUGUUAUAACAGAACUAGUUACUAGAAAAUUGCACUUGCUGAAAAGAGGAGACAUUACCAUUGUAAGAUCUCCAGAAGAUCCAACAUCCUCUUGUUGUAAAAGAAUAGCUGCAAUGGCAGGGGAUUUGGUUUCCACAGGACCAGAUGAAGAUGAUUAUAUCAAGGUACCAAAAGGUCAUGUUUGGUUGCUAGGAGAUAACCCUGAUGACUCUAGAGACUCCAGAGAUUAUGGCCCAGUCCCCUAUGGGUUGAUCACAGGAAGGGUCUGUUUCAAGGUAUGGCCUUUGUCAGAAUUUGGUAGAAUUGAAUAAGUCACAAUUAUAAGGAAAUGCAGUCGAAUAACAUCAGAAAAACAAUGUAAAAAUAUAGGAAAAGUACAAAUGAAAACACCACAAUUCCACUUAGUUGAUACAUCUACAAUGUAUUUAAAGGGGCAGAAAUCAGUGAAAAAGAUGUACUCGUUAUCCAGAGAAAUUUCAGCCUGAAUUUAAUGUAGAAGCUGGCCAGGGGUGUAUUUUGAAUCUUAGGAACAAAAAAAAAUAUAGAUUUUGCAUAAACUAUACUGUAUGAACAAAAAAAUAAUAAUACAACAUUUGAUAUAGAAAGGUUUUAUUGUCAGUAAUUUUAGAUAUUGUUUUGUACACAGUACUAUUACUAAAUCAAUUAUUAUCCUGAAUACAUGUACUCCUAUUAUUUUCAAAAACAAAGUUGGUGAGAAUGGGAAUAGUCUAGAAAGGGAAUUGCCCUAUUUCAUUAUGAUGUCAGACUAUGUUUACAUUGGAAAACGAWGCGAUUUUAUCUGACAACCUUUUUAAAAUAGCUACAGUAUCAGUACAGCUCUUUCAGAAACGUUGAAUACGGCAGUAAAUUAUACUGAAUGUGGCAUGAUAGUAUAUUCCAAGACAGCAAUACAUUGUUGUUAUUAAACUUCUUGUUAGGUGCAUUACAAAAUAGUAAUUCAUCUAAAUUUACAUGUAAUUGCUCUAAAUAUGCCUUUUUCCUGUUCAAAGCAAGCAACCGCUGCUUUAGUUGACAACAGUCUCUCAUGCGCAAA